GCCGCAUCGCCUCCAAACCUUUGUCCAUAUCACCACAAAAUUUUCUUUCUCAUUGCUGUUUUUAAUGUGUGCGUGAUUUUAUCAAGCUUUUAUAAUUUUAAUCGAUUUUAGUUAUUUUGUGCGAUGGAAAAGCAUGCAGAGACGAACGAAAAUGCCGAGCAUGGCAAGAAGCAAAAGCAGAGAGCCCAAGACGUCGCUAGUCGUGAUGCGGGCUCCGCUGGAGGGAGAGCGUCCAAGCACUGCAACAGGUAUCAGCCCUCAAAUGCCACUCCAGCCAAGACCAGGUCCCACAAAACAUCGGAACCACCACCGCAAGAGGACGAAGGCACCAGCGCCAAAGCCGAAGGCAAGGCCCAGCAGCAGCAGAAGGCGAAGUUCACACGUCGUUUACACGGACCAAAGACAUGGAAAGUCUGGUACCGAAACCUGCUGCACGCGUGCGCCUCCUUCUGCCUUGUAAACGAACUCGCGGAACCCCAAAUGUUGUUGGAAAAGGAUGAGUACAUAGACGAGUGCAUCCUUCGCUUCACCAUGGUUAAUAAAGAGACGUUCGGAGCACUCCUGGCUGGAAAAGAUCCACUUUGCCCCGAGUUUCUUCCAGAACUAACCAAGCCGCUCUUCAAUAAUCUAGAUCUGGAGUGGUUGAGAAACAACCCUGCAGACGCCCAAACAGACAUGCAGAAGCGCAAAGAGGAGGAAAAUAACAGUCAGAAAAGCGCGCCAGUGUUAUUAGAACCGGAAGACCUUCCAUGGAUCCUGACAGACAUUAGCGAUUCGAGCAAAGCAGAAUCCCGUGGUGAAAAAACCCUGAAGCCGAGUUUUGUGUCAGAGAGGUGGCACUCUGGUGGCGAGGAGCAGGUCGUUAGUUGGCCCGAACCACCCUUUAAGGUGAAGAGAGGUGAUUUGCCAAGGUGCGAGAAAGGUUUACGGUUCGUAAACAAUGCAAACAGCUACCGGUGUGGUGAUAAAGCCAUCCUUGUGGAAAGUUAUUGUGCUUAUGCCUGCAUAGUGAACAUUCUCUUGGCAUUGAUUAGAGAAGAGCAUGUGAGUUGGGUGCGAGCAAUUGUCUCCAAACAAAGUCCUGAACCGCUGCUCAAAUUCAUCACUCUCGCCAGUCAGCCCAUGCUGGAACCAAACGUUAUCACCAGAGAAAUGGUUUUCUACGCUAUGGAAGCAAUACGAAUGGUCACGCCAAUUUUGCCAAAUGCACCAGCGUGCUACGAAGCAUCACUUGGUGAGGUACUAAAUCGCUUUGAGUUUGUAAGCGGCACGGCGGUGACUUUCUGCACGAAAUGCGGUGACUGGAGUGUUAAAAAGUUGGGCUACCUUCCACCGCGCGAUCUUGAGAAUGUGGUCACGACAAGAAAAUUCCCAACCCAUAACGGCACCUGCAUGAGAAAAUUGGGUGACACCCAGGAGAUGUGUGGCGGAAAAACAUUUACCCAAAAUAGGCCAAACAGGAACGGAUUUCUCACUUACCGCGAUCGAAUCAAAAUGGACUCGAUUCUAAUGUCCGAAGCAAUAAAAAAGGCUGGCGCGCCGAAAAAGUUUACCCUCGGCAAUGACCUACAAUUCAGAUUAUUCGGGGUAAUGUUUGCCUAUCAAUUUGACGUGAAGGAGGAUGGUCAGGACAAACGCUACUUCCACACGGUGCCGCUAAUUUUUCCUCAGAACACCACUGACUCGUCUUUCAUUCGUAUAAUCGACUGCAAUUCACCGACCAAGGAAAACUUGGUGACUCCCGGUGGUUUUCCAUGUGAAUUCAACCAAUUGGGUUCCAUCUUUGGCCACGUGUAUGUGCGUAAUGGGCCGAGCAAGUGAGGUUGAAGGAGCCGCCAGAAAAAGAGGAGCCGACGAGGUGGUCGCGUUGAUCACCAAUGGCGACGAUGCGGUCAGAGGUCAACACCCUUGGCACGCCAGCCUCACCAGACACAUGGAAACGGGACCUUUGAAAGAUUCUUGCGGCGCGAC